AUGAUGGUGGACGAGGAAGUACAAGAGCCCAAGAUCAAGACCAAGACCAAGAUUAAGGUCAGGAGCAACCCGAAGAAGAUUAACAGAACAAUUGUUGAUCCCACUGGCUUCCAUGUUGCCGAAGUUCAUCAUGCAAUUGGUAAGAAGGGAGUAAAUCGAAACAUCGAAGCAGCAUGGAUGGCACCACGCGAUCACUCGGUCUUUGAAUUCCGAAACAUCAACUACAUUGUUGGUGAGGGAAAGGCACAAAAACCAAUUCUUACCAAUGUCAGUGGGCGAGUUUCUGAUGGAUCCACAGUGGCCAUUCUGGGGCCUUCUGGCGCUGGAAAGACCUCUUUGCUGAUGGCUCUUUCAUUGGGAAUUACCUCUGGAAAAGUGACAGGAAGCAUCGAGUUGAACGGAAAGGCGCUCACAAACCAGAGCUUCAAAGAUCACUGUUUCCUGGUUGAGCAAUCUGAUCAUCACUGGUCGUUCUUGAGCUGUUUGGAAACCCUAAUGUAUGCAGCAUCUUUGCUGCUUGGUCCCGGAAAUCACUCCGCUGUUGUUGAUAGUAUCAUUGAAAAGAUGGGGCUUCAAUCCUGCAAAGACACUAAGGUUGGCAACGACUUUGUGCAAGGUUUGAGUGGAGGACAAAAGAGAAGGCUUUCGAUCGCCAUUGCGUUGUUGAAGAAACCUGCAGUGAUCAUGUUGGACGAGCCAACCUCUGGUUUGGACUCUGCUGCGUCUGUUGCCAUCGUGAGUGAACUGAGAAAGUUGGCCAAGACCGAGAACUUGAUUGUAAUCAUGACGAUUCAUCAACCCUCGACAAAAGUCUAUAACGACUUUGAUCAAGUCAUUCUCAUGGCACGGGGCCGACAAGCCUUCAUUGGAGAAGCAGCGGCCGCACAUGACUACUUUGAAACCAUUGGACAUCCAAUGGUGCACAUGACUAACCCUGCUGAAUUUCUCGUGGAUCUAGUCAAUUCUGACUUUACCAGCGAAGAUUCCGUUCUCUCGAUUCUGGACGAAUGGAAACAACACACUUCUGAGACGCAUAGGAGCAAGAAUGAAACCUUGGUGGUUGGCUCAAACGACGACUUUCACCAGCUGAUCAAACGAAAAAAGAGCUUUCUGCACGAAUUGUCAACAAUCUUUGGCCGACAUGCACUAUUGGUUGCAAGGGAUCCCAUUCUCUACGUAGGACGCAUUGUGUUACUAUUGAUCUCGAACACUAUAUUUGCCCUGGCCUAUUGGAGCUCUCGGGAGAAGGUUCAGGCACAAGCGAUCAACUUCUACUACGCCAAUGCCUGGCCCAUCUCACUUGGCUCAAUGUUCGCCGUUGUGGCAGUGUUUGGAUUGAAUGCCGAAUUCAAGUCUGUUAUUCGCGAAGUCAAGAAUGGUAUGAUCAAUCCAUUGACUUACAUCAUAGCGAAGACGGUUCUGGUCUUGCCCGUGAUGCUGUUGUUUGGUGCCGCAGCCAUCAGUACUGGUGUCUAUGCGAUCUUGGGACUCAAGGCAAACUACGGGAUCUAUCUGGUUCUCUAUGCUAUUAGCAUGUUUGUCUUCGAAUGCAUCGCCGAGGUUCUCUCUGUCGCUUUUAUCAAUCCGCUGAUGGGUAUGCUAUGCUUUCUGUCGAUCUGGUUCACCUCCUUUUUGUUUGGGGGAACCUUUUUGCCGCCAGAUGAUCUUUCAGUAGUGAUUCGGUGGCUCUACCAUGCCAUGCCACUGUCCUACACCUUCAAUGCCAUUUCUUAUCACGUAUUUUCAGGCGAGGACUGGCCCAGUUGUGUUCCUGAUGCAAACACUGGAGCUGUCUGUGUUGAAUUUGAUGAGUCACCAGAUGAAGCGCCAAUCGCUUUGAUUCUCGAAUCACUUUCGAAGAUCAUACCAAAUGUAUCUGGGGAUGACAAUCGUGUGGAAGCCAUGGCCAUUAUAUUGGGCAUGGCCCUUGGUUACAAAAUUCUGUACGUCGCAAUCUUUUUGUUUAAGUCCUCAUAG